GCAUUUCCCCCAUCUCUCCCUGCAGGUUCCCGGCUGUGUGGCACCUGACUUACAAUGGCAGAAGGAUCAAAGGUAUUCAAGAAGACCAGUCCCAAUGGGAAGCUGUCCAUCUACCUGGGGAAGAGGGACUUUGUGGACCACGUGGAGUCGGUGGACGCCGUGGAUGGCGUCUGCCUCAUCGACCCGGAAUACCUGAAGGACAGAAAAGUCUAUGUGACACUCACGUGCGCCUUUCGCUACGGCCGAGACGACCUGGAUGUCAUUGGACUGACCUUCAGGAAGGACCUCUACGUCCUGACCACUCAGAUCUUCCCACCGGUGCCUGAGCAGGUGCCCAAAACCCUCACCUCUCUGCAGGAGAAGCUGCUGAAGAAGCUUGGUGAGAACGCCUACCCCUUCACCUUUGAGAUUGCCACCAACUUGCCCUGCUCAGUCACCCUCCAGCCGGGACCGGAUGACGUGGGAAAGGCCUGUGGCGUGGACUUCGAGGUCAAAGGGUUUUGUGCUGAAAACCUGGAGGAGAAGAUUCACAAGCGGAACUCAGUGCGCCUCGUCAUCCGCAAGAUCCAGUUUGCACCUUUGAAGACAGGCCCAGGGCCCAAGUCAGAGACCACCCGGCAGUUCAUGAUGUCUGACAAGCCCCUGCACCUCGAGGCCACCCUGGAAAAGGAGAUCUACUACCAUGGAGAACCCAUCAACGUGACUGUCAAUAUCAACAACACCACCAACAAGAUCGUGAAAAAAAUUAAGAUUGCAGUUGAUCAGAUCACAGAUGUGGUUCUCUAUUCACUGGACAAAUACUCAAAGACUGUGUGCAUGGAGGAGAUCAAUGAGAAUGUGGCAGCCAACUCCACCUUCUCCAAAACAUACUCUGUCACCCCCACGCUCUCGACCAACCGGGAGAAGAGAGGCCUGGCUCUUGACGGCAAGCUCAAGCACGAGGACACCAACCUGGCCUCCACCACCAUCCUGAGACCUGGCAUGGACAAGGAGGUGCUGGGGAUCCUGGUGUCCUAUAAAGUGAAGGUCAACCUGGUGGUGUCCCGAGGAGGCAUCCUGGGGGAUCUCACAUCCAGUGAUGUCGGUGUUGAGCUGCCCAUCAUCCUGAUGCACCCGAAGCCUGCGGAUGAUUUCCCCAGGUCCGAGGAGGACAUCGUCAUCGAGGAGUUCGCUCGCCAGAAGCUCAAGGGAGAAAAAGACGAUGAAGACGAGAAGGAGGAAGGCGAGAAGGAGGAGAGCUGA